UUGAAUGACAGAAAACUACCAAAGUAAUAAGACAAGAGUGAGAGUGAGGGUGAGAGCGAGAGGGAGUGGAAGGGUGAGUGUGUGUGUGUGUGUGUGUGUGUGUGUGUGUGUGAGAGAGAGAGAGAGAGAGAGAAAGCGUGGCGGAGAACAUGAAGUCUGGAAAGUUGAGACUUCUUGCUCUUCUGCCAGUUCUUGCAUCUCUUAUCCUACUGUAUUUCGAUAUCUUUCCGCAGUCUUACAGGACCAGGUGCAGCCUUAUAGAGUACAGACACUAUUGGAUAGCUAGCAAGCGUAUUGUGACACCAAGUGCGAUCAUUUCUGGUGCAGUUGAAGUAAAAGGAGGCAAGAUCAAAUCCAUUGUUGAGGGAGAUGAUUGGCGUGCGAAUACCUGGAGUAAGCAAGUAAUUGAUUAUGGGGAGGCUGUUAUUAUGCCCGGAUUGAUUGAUGUGCACACACAUCUUGACGAUCCUGGAAGAACAGAAUGGGAAGGAUUUCCUUCAGGGACAAGAGCAGCUGCUGCUGGUGGGAUCACAACAUUGAUUGACAUGCCUUUGAAUAAUUUUCCUUCCACAGUUUCAGAAGAGACACUCAAACUUAAGACAAAAGCUGCUCAAGGGAGGAUUUUUGUCGAUGUUGGUUUCUGGGGAGGUCUGGUGCCGGAAAAUGCAUUUAAUGCAACUGCUUUGGAGCGUCUUCUUGAGGCUGGAGCACUUGGCCUGAAGUCCUUCAUGUGUCCUUCAGGAAUCAACGACUUUCCCAUGACAAAUUCCAGCCACAUAAAGGAAGGGCUCUCAGUACUGGCAAAAUAUAAAAGGCCAUUGCUUGUACAUGCUGAGAUUCAACCAGAAGCCGAAGACGACCUUGCUGGCAAUCCUAGAUCUUAUUCCACUUAUCUUAAGAGUAGGCCUGCGUCAUGGGAACAAGCAGCAAUAAAAGAGCUCUUAACAGUAACCAAAGACACUAGGGCCGGAGGUUCUUCUGAAGGAGCUCAUCUUCACAUUGUUCACUUAGCUGACGCCAGAUCUUCUUUACAACUUAUAAAGGAAGCUAAGAGUAGCGGUGAUAGGAUUACAGUUGAAACAUGCCCCCACUAUUUGGCCUUUUCAGCUGAAGAAAUCCAAGAUGGAGAUACACGCUUCAAGUGUGCUCCACCAAUCCGUGAUGCAGAUAAUAAAGAAAAACUCUGGGCUGCUUUGAUGGAUGGCGACAUCGAUAUGUUGAGCUCCGAUCACUCACCCUCAGCUCCCCAACUUAAGCUCUUCAAUGAGGGCAAUUUCCUCAAGGCAUGGGGUGGCAUAUCCUCUCUGCAGUUUGUUCUGCCUGUAACAUGGUCAUAUGGACGUAAACACGGAAUCAGCCUCCAUCAAUUAGUUUCAUGGUGGAGUGAGAAGCCUGCAAAGCUUGCUGGCCAAGAUCUAAAGGGUGCCAUUGUAACAGGAAAUCAUGCUGAUAUCGUCGUCUGGGAACCUGAAGUUGAAUUUGAACUUGAUGAUAAUCAUCCCGUAUUCCUUAAGCAUCCGAAUAUUUCAGCGUACAUGGGAUCAAAACUCUCUGGAAAGGUUUUAGCAACGUUUGUUAGCGGUAACCUUGUCUACCAAGAGGGGGGGAAGCAUGCCCCUGUUGCUUGUGGUGUCCCAAUCUUGGCCAAAUGAAGGUUUUCAUGUUAGAUGGCUGAAAAGAUUGUUUAGCAGCUGCCGGAAUAAUGUAUUAGGACUCUGCUCACAAUCCUGCUUGUGAAUUUCUAGAAUUGUUGAUGAAGGCUGAAGUGUACAUAAUGAAUUGCAGCCCAAAAGAUGUAUCGAAGUUUCAUGAACGACUAGAUGUAAUUGACAUUCGGGUCUUGAAUGAGCAAGUUUUUCCAUUCAAAUUCCAUUAAUGUGAUGAAUUGAAUAGAAGGCUAAAUAAUGUA